GUGUUUCAGGUAAAUUGCUAGUUUGAAUAUGAGUAAAUCAAAGUCGUUGUUGUGUAUUCGAAACAUUAAUUGUUUGAAUGGAAAAGACUCUCUGUUCAACAAGUUUUGUUCAAAUGAUUUACCCUUUGUGUCAAGACUGCAAUAUAGAAGAUAUUUAUGUUUUGUUCACAAAAGAAAGAGAACAUUACAAUCAACUUUUCUUUCAACGAGAAUAUUGAAAAGAGGUCACGUUACAAAACAAGUUAAACUAGACCAUGUGGGAAUUCUGGAAAAUCUUAAAUCAGACGGUAACUACUCUCCUGGUCAAAUGUUCUUACAUCGUGUGUUUGGGUAUAGAGGAGUUAUAUUAUAUCCUUGGACGGCUCAUAUUUAUGAAAAAAACUCUGAAGCUACACCAGAACCUAACAAAGAGAAUGAAAAAUCUGAAGAUUCAAAACCAGUUCCAGUAACUGAAACAUUUUAUCAAGUGUUGGUUGAUGCCAGAGAUAGCCCACAUGUUGCUGUACAAAGUGAAGCCGUGACAUUUCUUACCAACUCACAACCUGGUGAAAACAACCAUUCAUCCUUAUACACAAUACCUGGUAUAGAUUAUGUUUCUCAACAUGAUAUACUGCCGUACACAUCAGUUGAACCUCUCCCCAUGUCUCAUGAAUUGUUCCCAAAGUUUUUGGAAGCAGAACAAACAACUAAUGGAACAGUUUUAAGUACCACGGAAACAUUGGCUUCGUGGCAGAAAAAGAAUCAUUUCUGUUUGGAAUUGACAAAAGUUCAUAUUGAAACUACAGAGAAUAUUCGAGUUACUGCCAUACCUUUUUACCUUGGUGCUAAGGAAUCCCGGAAUUCUCUGGAAUAUUGGUGGAGAUAUUGCAUCAGAAUUGAGAACUUGGGAGAAACUGGUGCCCAUCUACGUGAGAGACACUGGAGAAUAAUAAGUAACGGUUCGGUGAAGACUGUCCGUGGCCGUGGUGUUAUUGGAAGGGAGCCCAUGCUGAAUAAGAGUCAACCAGCAUUUCAAUACAGCAGCCAUGUUUCUUUGCAAUCAUCAAGUGGUCAUAUGUGGGGAAUAUUUCGAUUGGAACAAGAAGAUGGCAAACAGUUUGAUGCCAGGAUACCGGCUUUUGCAUUAGAUGGGAACAAAACAACUAAAACAGAACCAUGAUAUUUAAUCGUAAUAAUUAUAUGAUGCAGGGUAUGCAAGCCUACCCUGAGAAUUCUGCAAGGGUUGCAGCAACCCAAUUGUAAAAGCAAAUUAUCUUUUAAAUACUUAUACAAAUGCAGGCCUAGCUCAUUUUAUUGUCCAACCCCUGAAAUUUUAUAAAAUAAACUCUGCUGAUUAUAGUUGCAAUAAACAUUAUGCUGCUCCCAAAAUAAAGUUCAUUUUACUAAACUGUAUUACAACCAUAAAUAUAAUAAAUAUUAUGUGGUGUAAAAAUAAAUAGAUUGUUGAUGUGCUUAAAUUUACAAGUCUUCAGAUUUCUGUACAACAAUUUCUGUGUUGCUCUACUGUAAGUUGGGAGUGGUUUGUAUUUUGUUUAAAAUAAAGUAUGGUCUCUUGGGAA